UCUUGGAAUGCCUCAGCGACUGACAGUCCCGCGCGUCUGCGCCAAAUAUAACCAUAUAAAGGGUUUUUUAUGGACAACUUUGUAAAGCGUAACGUACAGAGGCAUACACCAACAAUACUUAUAUUCCUUUGCAUUUAGACCAGGUUAUACUUCAGUCCUGAGCGCAGUCUAUAUUUAGGUAGCGCCAUGUGUUGGGUAUUUUGACCAGAUGGCGGCAGGGAUCCGAGCGUUCGCCUAGACUGUGGCAGCUGAAGAAACGCCCCCUUGGGCGCGCGACCGUAGGACCCGGACGGACACGCAAACUCCGGAGUGGGAACAAAACUUCAAACAUUUCGCAUUAUUUUUUAUGAAUUAACUUUACUCGCUUUAUAUCUGUAGUGCGGGACGGUGAAUUCAUGCCACAGAAACCACCAUGACGCGAGAAGAAGACCUGGUUCGCAUUGCAAAAAAGCUAGACAAAAUGGUGUCUAGAAAUAACAUGGACGGUGCUCUGGACCUGCUGAGGGAACUAAAGGGUUUUAACAUGACUCUGAAGCUGCUGCAGGACACUCGGAUCGGCAUGUCCGUUAACGGGAUUCGGAAGCACUGCACGGACGAGCAAGCUGUCAGCCUCGCCAAGAUCCUCAUCAAGAACUGGAAAAGGCUUCUGGAAUCUGCCCAGUCUCAGAAGGAGGAGAAACUGCAUGAGAGGAAAAAUGGGACCGAGUCCAGCAGUCCGCUGCCCCAGAGGAAUGACUGCACACCCCCCAAAACAACUCUAGAGAAGGAGAGGGCUCCCGCCAAAACCACGCCAGAGACGGACAGAGCUCCCCCCAAAACAACUCUAGAGAAGGAGAGGGCUCCCCCCAAAACAACUCUAGAGAAGGAGAGAGCUCCCCCCAAAACAACUCUAGAGAAAGAGAGAGCUCCCGCCAAAACCACGCUAGAGAAGGAGAGAGCUCCCCCCAAAACAACUGUAGAGAAGGACAGAGCUUCCGCCAAAACCGCGUCAGAGAAGGAGAGAGCUCCCGCCAAAACCAUGCUAGAGAAGGACAGAGCUUCUGCCAAAACCCCGUCAGAGAAGGACAGAGCUUCUGCCAAAACCACGCUAGAGAAGGACAGAGCUUCCGCCAAAACCGCGUCAGAGAAGGACAGAGCUUCUGCCAAAACCACGCUAGAGAAGGACAGAGCUUCCGCCAAAACCGCGUCAGAGAAGGACAGAGCUUCUGCCAAAACCACGCUAGAGAAGGACAGAACUUCUGCCAAAACCGCACCAGAGAAGGAGAGAGCUCCCGCCAAAACCACGCUAGAGAAGGACAGAGCUUCUGCCAAAACCGCACCAGAGAAGGAGAGAGCUCCCAACAAAAGUUUUGCGGAGAAAGAGACCAGCCACAAGAGGUGGUGUGGUGACCCCAGACUGAGCACCGCGCCCCAGAGGAAGCUCUCUGGCGAUCACAGGAAAGAGAAAGGCGUGGGCGAGCAGAAGAGAGAGAGAGAGAGGAAAGAGGCUCCCGACCCGAACGCUCUCUGCCCUCCUCUUCCUCUUCAUCUUCAUCCUCCUCCCCCUCCCAGGCGCCCGGCAGCUGACCAGAAGAAGGAGGUGUCAGGGAAAGAGACUCUCACCCCCAACGCUCUCUGCCCUCCUCUUCCUCUUCAUCCUCCUCCCCCUCCCAAACGGUCAGCAGCUGAACUGAAGAAGGAGAGGAAAGAGGCUCCAGACCCAAAUGCUCCUCUCCCUCCUCUUCCUCUACACCUUCAUCCUCCUCCCCCUCACAAGCAUUCUGCAGCAGAGGUGCAGAAGGAGAGAAAAAACUCUACAGAUGGAAAACCAGCAAAACGUCCGUUUGUGGAGAACAAAAAGGACAGAAAAGACUCAUCAGAUUCCAGAGCAUUACUACCUAAACCACCCUCUCAGGAUGGGAAGAAAGACAGAAAGGACUCAUCUGACUCCAGGCCUGGCCAUAUUAUGAAGAGGCUUUCCAGCGAUGGAAAAUCUGAGAGGAGAGACUCUGACCUGAAACCUGCAAGCUCACCGCCAGCCAAGAAGCUCUGUGGAGACAGGAGGGAUUCCCAGGGUUCCAAGGCUCCUCUCCCUGGACCCCUACAGAGAAAGCCCUCAACAGACAGCUCUGACCGCGUGAGUGUUAAGGGAAAAGCAGACACUCCGAAGACCCCCACCUCCCCGACCAGCCCCCUCACGCCUCCCUUCAGCCCCUUGGGGGGGCCCCUCGCCCCCCACCUGCUCACCGGGGACUCCAUCCGGGACAAGUGCAUUGAAAUGCUGUCUGCUGCUCUGCGCACGGAUGAUGACUACAAAGAUUUUGGCACAAACUGUGAAUCCAUGGCAGCGGAAAUCGAAGAUUAUAUCCUUUUGGAGAUCAAAGCCACAGAUAUGAAGUACAAGAACAGGGUUCGGAGCCGCAUCAGUAACCUGAAGGACCCCAAGAAUCCGGGCCUGAGGAAGAACGUGCUGGCGGGAGCCAUCGAGCUGCAGCGGAUUGCCAGUAUGACUGCCGAGGAGAUGGCCAGUGAUGAACUGAAACAGCUGCGGAACAUCCUGACUCAGGAGGCGAUCCGGGAGCACCAGAUGGCCAAAACCGGCGGCACCACCACUGAUCUGCUGCAGUGCGCCAAGUGCAGGAAGAAGAACUGCACCUACAACCAGGUUCAGACCCGUAGUGCUGAUGAACCCAUGACUACCUUCGUGCUGUGCAACGAAUGUGGAAACCGCUGGAAGUUCUGCUGAUGGAAAAUGCACCAAUGGCCAGAUCACACUGAGCUCCAGCCAGAUCAAUCACAUACACAUCAAUCACACAAACAUCAGUUACACACACAUCAAUCACACACAACCAUUACUCACAUACACAUCAAUCACAUACACAUCAGUCACACACACAUCAAUCACACAUGCACAUCAAUCACAUACACAUCAGUUACAUACAUCAGUCACACACACAUCAGUUAUACACAAACAUCAACCACACACACAUCAAUCACACACAUCAGUUUCGCACACAUAAAUCUCACACACAUCAGUUACACACAUCAAUCACACACACACAUCAGUUACACACACAUUAAUGACACACACAUAAAUCUCACACACAUCAGUUACACGCAUCAAUCACACAAACAUCAAUCACACACACACAUCAAUCACAUACACCAGUUACAUACAUCAGUCACACACCCAUCAGUUAUACACAAACAUCAACCACACACACAUCAAUUACACACACAUCAGUUACACACAAAGCUUUCUUUUUUAUCAGGGAGGAUACAUGCAGAAAUGAGUGCUAGUGUAGAAUAAUAUAACAGCUGUAGAAUUUUUAAUUUAUACUUGAAUUUGUAAUAUUUUCCUGUUCACUGCAUGUAGUUUGAAUGUAUUGAUGUCUAAACGUGCCAAAAUGAAAUAAAUAAUUAAAUAAAUAAAUAUAGAAAAAUAUGAAUAAAUUGGUCAGUAAUUAAAUACUUAAUUUUAUUUCAAAAUAAUUAAAUAAUUGUCACCUCAUGAUUAUCCUUUUCACAAUAACAUGCUUAUAUUUUAUUUCAUAAUAACAUGUAUUUCCGAACGGCUUUUUCAUGUCAUAAUGAGACUUCUCAAAAUGGCAGUCAACACGAGCAGGGUGUGAUCACUCAUGGUCAUUGGUUGUUCACGCAUUCAGGCAAAAGCAGCAGCACUGCAAAUAUCGAUCUGUAUGUUAAAAUUAUAGAUAGACAGCCCUAGUGCUGUAGCUAUUAAUGUACAACUCGCUCUACCCACAUCCAUUCCCAACAUAGGGUGCAAACCAACAAACAAUGCAUCCGCAAAUUUAUUGAGUGAGUACAAAUCCUUUAUUGGAAUGAAAGCAAGUCGCAAAAACACAAAACACACUUGUUAAGCUAGCAUAAAGGAUAAAGCUACAUUAUUCUAACCAAUUCUAACACUUCUGUGAUUAAGAUCAUUGCUUGCUUGCUAGGUAGCUAGCGAGGCUAAUGCAGCUAGCUGUCCCACUCAUAGUUCUUGCUUAGCAGGGUUGGUGAAGUGUUGGUCAUAUAGCCAGUGACAGUGAAAUGUCUGUCUCCCAGAACACUAACGGAAGCUAUGGGCAGGUCCAGCCCUGCUGGGUUUGAUUGACAGGAAGUCUUUCCAUUUUGAAAAGUGUCAUUAUGAAAUAAAAAAGGGCGUACGGAAAUAAAAACGCCAUUCGGAAAUACGUCAUUCGGAAAAGUGUCAUUAUGAAAUUCAAAAAGCCAUUCAGAAAUACAUGUUAUUAUGAAAUAAAAUAUAAUCACGUUAUUGUGAAAAGGACAAUCAUGAGGUGUCAAUUUAAUUAUUUUGAAAUAAAAUGAAGUAUUUAUUUAAUUAUUGAUCAAUUUAAUUAUUUAUUUAUAUAUUUGUAUAUUUAUUUAAUUUUGGCACGUUUAGAUGUCCAUAUGAAUGGAGCUGAAAUGCAGAGCCUGCAUUCUAACGGUUCUCCGUCAGCAGUGAUGGGUAAAGUAGCAUCAGUCUGCGUUAGGAAAACAGCUCGCUCAGAAUCUGUGGCUCUUUCCAGUCUUCAGUGUGUUCUUUACACCAUUGUUGCCCUUUCCUGUGAUUUGAUUACUUUUAUUAUGAUGGAAAAAUGAUUUUAGUGAGUUUUAGCACCUCAAAACCAUGAUCAUGUUUCGAGAACUUACCCUUCAACGGUUUAUAUUCCCCCAGAAUUCAUCUUCAUUGGCGUUUAAAAGCAAUUUUAACGGUAAAAACUUCCUUCAAGAUUUUUAUUUUCAAAAUGGUGUAUUUAUGAUUCUGUGUCACUGAACGUCAGCAAACACUGUGGCUCUCAGUAACACUUGUGCUAUAGCCCAGAAACAGCAUUGGGGAAUCUCACCCAGAAACAGCACUGGGAAAUCUCACCCAGAAACAGCACUGGGGAAUCUCACCCAGAAGUAGCACUGGGAAAUCUCACCCAGAAACAGCACUGGGGAAUCUCAAGCCAACGUGAAAACAGUAAUUACUGGUGCUACAAACUGCUUCAAGAUGUAAUCAGAUAAAAAUUGUACAAUUUUGUGUAAGUAUUUUUUUUUGAAAGUUGAAAAUAAAGACCCUUUUAUUAAGAAACAAA